AGGACACUGCUGGUCCUGCAAUGCAGAGCUCCUCAAUGCCCCCUUCUGCAGGAAUUCCAGGAGGAGCCUUCCCCUCCAGGAAUUCUCUGCCUGCAAGCCAGCAAGGGUUUUAUCUGACUUCUGGGUUAUGCUGCUCUGCAAGUUCUAGCACAGCUCUGCAAGAAUGAUCCGGCAGAUCCGUGCUGCAGCCUGUGAUUUGCUGUCUGCCACAUCUGCAAUGUAUUUUUAUCCAGAAAAACCCUGGCUGGCAACAGCUCAUCUGGGGAAUUUGAUCACCCAACUAUCCAGAGGUGGAUAUGGGGCAGCCCAUCCUUUGGCCCCAGCACUGCCACCAGAACCUCAGCUGGCUCCUUCCCUUCCUGGAGAAGAGGAUAAUGUCAUGGAGGAGGUGGACGAGGAAUCUACAACUUUUUCCUCAGAAGAAUUCAUCCACACGAGCUCUCUGCUGGGAGCUGAAAGUUCAGAAGACUUGUUUCUCCUGCCUGUUGACUUCAGCAGAAGCAUGAGCACUCUGGACACAUUCAGGGUCCGGCCACGGCAGAAAUCCCAGCUGACAGGGGAGGUGCUGGAGCGGCUGAGGGCCAUUGUGAACAAGGGGGACCCUAUGACAAGAUACACUGAUUUUGUUCAAGUUGGCCGAGGGGGUUUCGGGACUGUUUACAAAGCCAUCGACCCAGCCUCAGGAGAUGUGGUGGCCCUGAAGAGGAUGCCUCUCCGCAAACGGUGCAAGAAGGAACUCGUCCUCAACGAGAUUCAGAUCAUGAAGGAAAACAAGCACCCCAAUAUUGUCAAUUAUAUAGGCAGCUACCUGGUGGAUGAAGACCUGUGGCUCGUGAUGGAAUAUGUGGAUGGAGGCACUUUAACCAGCGUCCUUGUCCGAGUCUUCAUGGAGGAAAGACUGAUUGCUGCUAUCAGCAGGGAGUGCCUGAAAGCCUUGGAUUUCCUUCAUUCAAAGAAUGUGAUCCACAGAGAUGUCAAAAGUGACAAUAUUCUUCUCGGAUUGGACGGAUCUGUGAAACUGACUGAUUUUGGCCUGUGUGCUCAGCUGACCAAAGAGCGGAGCACACGGUGCACAGUGCUGGGCUCUCCUUACUGGGUAGCACCAGAAAUCCUGAAAAGAAAGGAAUAUGACACCCAAGUGGACAUCUGGGCCCUUGGGAUCGUGGCCAUUGAAAUGCUGGAGGGAGAACCUCCAUACUUUAAAGAAAGCCCUCUCCAGGCUCAGCGGCUGAUAGCCCGGAACAGGUACCCCCCUCUGAGGAUGCCCAGCAAGAUGUCCUUCCUGUUCCACGCCUUCCUGCACUCCUGCCUGGACACCGACCCGCGCAUCCGCUGGACAGCCAGGGAGCUCCUGGAGCAUCCAUUUUUACAAACAGCCAUGAGUCUCUCUGUCCUGCCUGAAGCCAUCCGUAUCGCCAAGAAAAUCCGUCAGAGCUCGGAAACAGUUCAUGCCAGCUCAGAGAAAAAGCAGGAAUAAAAUUUUCACUCCUUUGAGA